AUGCCUGGUCGCUGGAGCCCGCGCCAGCGCGCGAACCGCGUCAACCUCAUCGGCAUCUGCGUCUUCGUCAUCUUCAUCCUCGUCAUCUUCCGCGACAACAUCCUGCCCUCGUCGAACCGCCCCAACCGCGGCAAGAGCUUGGCGUCGCAGCACCUCGGCGACGACGAUGUCGAGAUGGUGGUGGCCAGCAUGAAGCACGAGAACGUCUCGUGGCUCGACGAAUACCUGCCCGAGUGGAAGAAGAACAUUUACGUCGUCGAUGACAACAAGGCGAAGCUGACGGUCCCGAUGAAUAAGGGUCGCGAGGCCAUGGUCUUCCUAAGCUACAUCAUCGACCGCUACGACGACCUGCCCGGAAACGUCAUCUUCCACCACGCCGAGCGCUUCCAGUGGCACAACGACAACCCCGACUACGAUGCGCUCCCUCUGCUGCAGAAGUUCCGCUUCGACAACCUCAAGAAGGUCGGCUACGCCAACCUGCGCUGCGUCUGGGUCCUCGGCUGCCCCGCCGAGAUCAAGCCCAUCCAGGACGAAACCCCCUCCAAGGAGAACGAGCCAGUCCACGCCCGCCACGUCUACAAGGCCGCCUUCGAGGAGCUCUUCCCCAGCCUCCCCGUUCCCGAGGAGAUUGGCGUUACCUGCUGCUCGCAGUUCGCCGUCCGCCGCGAGACGAUUCGCCUGCGGCCCCGCGCCGAGUACGUCCGCUUCCGCGAGUGGCUUUUGGUGUCGCCGCUGGGCGAUGACCUGAGCGGGCGAGUUCUCGAGUAUUCAUGGCAUGUCAUCUUCGGCAAGAAGGCAGUCCAUUGCCCUAACGCUUCCGACUGUUACUGCCAGAACUAUGGCAUGUGCGACUUGAAGUGCGAAAACGACAAGUGCGAGGGCCAGUACAUUCUCCCGCCCUUUUCGACACUACCUAAGGGUUGGCCACACAAGGGCUGGAAGCAGGAGGACCGCGGGUGGACGGGUCUGCCGUAA